AUGGCAUCUCAAUAUGGCAAUCUGCGGCACCUGCUGCCGCUCAAUUACAAGAAUAUGAUCACUUCCUGGCUGGAGGAGGACUGCCCGAGCUUCGAUUAUGGCGGCUUCGUCGUGGGAGAAUCCGAGGGGGAGGCUCGUCUGCUGGGGAAAAGCAAGGGCGUUGUGGCCGGUGUGCCCUUUUUCGACGAAGUCUUCUCGCAAUUAGGCUGCACAGUAGAAUGGCACGUCCGAGAAGGCGAACCCAUCGCCCCCGUCAAACACUGCGCCACUGUCCGCGGUCCCAUGCGCAAGAUCCUCCUCGGUGAGCGUGUCGCCCUCAACAUCCUCGCCCGCUGCUCCGGCAUCGCCACCAAGAGCUCCUCGCUGGUUACGGCCCUGCGGUCCCACGGCUGGUCCGGCACCCUGGCCGGCACCCGCAAAACAACGCCGGGCUUCCGCGUCGUCGAGAAGUACGGCAUCUUGGUCGGCGGCGCCGACCCCCAUCGCCACGACCUCAGCACCAUGACCAUGCUCAAGGAUAACCACGUCUGGGCCUGUGCCAACAACGCGGCUGCCAGCGACGGCGGUGCCUCUGCCGCCACUGACUCCGUCGCCGCGGCGAUCCCCCGUGCGGUGCAGGCGGCCAAGGCGACCGGAGGGUUCGCGACCAAAGUGGAGGUUGAGUGUCAGAGUCUGGAGGAGGCCACUUCGGCUAUCAAGGCGGGCGCCGAUGUGAUCAUGCUGGAUAAUUUCACCCCGGAGGGCGUGCGCGAGGCCGCGAGGCAACUCAAGCAGGAUCCGGCGACCAGCAAACAUUCCUUCCUCAUCGAAGUCAGCGGCGGCCUGAAUGAAAGCAACGCCGCUUCUUAUGCCUGCCCAGAUGUGGACAUCAUCUCGACCAGCUCGAUUCACCAGGGAUGCGGUAUUGUUGACUUCUCCCUCAAGGUUUCGCUGCGUUGA